AUGACCCCAGCAGGAAAGAACCUGGAUUUCUGGAAGAACGUGCCUAGGUUUUGUUGUGACUACUGUGAAACAUACCUCACCCGUGACUCCACUGUGGGAAAGACACACUGUGGUGGUAGGAAACACAAAAACAAUGUGGAAGACUCAGAAUGGAUGGAAGAGCAGGUCCAGAGCCUGGAUGACAAAACAACGGCUGCAUUUCAACAAGGAAAAAUACCUCCUACUCCAUUCCCUGCUCCUCCUCCUGCAGGGGCGAUAAUUCUACUUCUGCCCCGUCUCCUGGGUCCUCCUCGCCCUAGUAUCAUGCCACCACCCCAUAUGGGGGGCUCUCCCAUGAUGCCCAGGAUGGGCCCUCCUCCCCCUAGGAUGAUGCCAGUGGGACCUACUCCUGGAAAGAGGCCACGCGUGGGAGGCCACAUGCCAACGAUGCCUGGGCCCCCAGUGAUGAGACCUCCCACCCGUCCCAUGAUGGUGCCCACUUGUCCUGGAAUGACUCGACCAGACAGACAGGGACAGAGGGAGGUCUCUUCAUCUUGGCCCCCCUUCCAGAGCCACUGCACAGGCUCUGACGUGGUGUCUGACAUGACAGGUCCUCUCUGCUGGCCCUACAGCCUCUCCCUGCCGUGCCACAUCAUGCCACAGUCUAGCUACACGAGGAUGACACCCAGACCUCUCUCCAGACCUUCAGACCUGGGGCUCCACCUGGACGUCACACAGCACCUCAGACUCAAUGUGUCCUAA